UUUCUUCUCAGUCUUACGACAGACAUUCACUCUGUCUGCUGAGCCUUAAACGUCCCUUAUUUUACCACACUAGUAUUUUUCUGUUCGGUUAUCUUGAUCUCAUUCAGCAUCUUUUACAUAUAUAUAAUUUUAUCUCCGUAUGAGUUGUAUUUUCUUUUCUUUUCUCUCAUUUACGUUAUAAUCAUUGUCAUUCAUCUUUCUAAUUUUUUUCCUACCUAUAUCUAUCUAUUUUUAUCGUCCAUCGCAGAUAUAUACAAAAGGUCACGCAAAUCACUUUUAACAAGAUAGCUUUUUCAAGUGUGACGCGCUGUGCGAAGUAUGCGAUUUGUUUUUUAUUAUUGUAAGAAUAUUAUUCAACUUAUCGAAGAUCAUUCGUAGAGACUACGACGGUAUACUUAUUAAGAUCAUUGACAUAAGUGAAAGCAUUCUUGCAGCGCGAUGAUUCAGGAAAGCGUAUAGUCCAUUAAUACAGAAGGCAAGCCCUAUAAACGAUUAUGAAGAUGGAAUAUAUUGUGAUAAUGGUGCGAUAGCUAGUGUGUGAUACGUUGACAACACCCUCAUAUCGCUUAGUCAAACAUGAGAUUCAAUGACAAAGAGCUCGCAGAAGCGAGUUUUGGGCCCGCUGAUCUCGAAGGACGUCUAAAUCAUAAGCGGGCUCAUAAGUCAGUGUUUAAAGAAAAAUGGUUCAAGCUGCGAUACAAUCUAUUAUUUUACUUUAACAUUAAUGAUUUGGGACAAAUUGAUAGGAGACAACCUGCUGGUGUCAUUAUUCUAGAAAAUUGCAGCAUUAAUGUAGAUACUUCAUCUGAAGGAGUAUUUGCAUUUAGCAUUUCAUUUCGUGAUGAACAUGAGAAACGGCAUGUAUUGAGCGGUCGAUCGGAGUCUCAAGUGGAACAAUGGAUUAAUGCACUUAAACAAGCAAGCUAUGAAUAUUGGAGAUCUCGCUUAAUUAUGCUUCAAGAAAGAUUGUGCAAGAAAACAGGUAAAGAUCCGUUGCUAAUGUAUCCUAGAAAUCAAGGUGUGGUGCGAGACGAAGCUUGGGGACCUGCUUCUAGCUUCAGAUCUCAUGUACGUUCAUUUGCAACGUCAGUUGGAUCAUCAUCCACAUUGAAUACAAUAACCAGGGAAGUUAAUCUCAUAGAACUUUAAUACAGGAAAAUAAUUGUAAUUAAACUUGUCGAAUUAAUUUAAUUGGCAGUCUUUUGAGAGAGAAAAAUGUGUAUUUUAGACGAAUCUGCAUAAUAUAAUGAAUGAAAUAGUUUUUUAUACAAAUCUGCUUUUGAUUUACAAUAUUGUCACUGCCAUUGAAGCAAAACUUGAGAUGUAGUUUCAUCAAAUAUAUAAGCUUUAAUUAUUUAUUAUGUUGUUUAUGUGAAAUUAAAUAAAAUAUAAAAGAAAAUAAGAAAAUAUAAUUAUAUAAAUUAAAAAAUAUAAAUUUGUUUCGUAUAAUAAAAAUUUCUUUUUGUCUAAUAUAAUAUUAAAAUUAUUUACAUUUGAGAGAGAUUAAAAGGAGAUUAAAAACUACUAUUGAUUUAACAGAUUGAUUUUUCUUUGAGACAAAAAUAGAAUAUUGGGAAAAAUAGGGGAACAGACAAAUCAUGCAAAUUUAAAUAAUAAUGAUUGUGCAGUUGUAAUAUGGAAACAAAAUAUGACAUGUAAAAUAACAUUAAUUAUAUACAUAUAUCAAUUACAUACAUAUAAAUAUUGUAUACAUAUAAUAUAUAUAUAUGUAUAUAAUUUGUAUUAGAGCCUAUAACAAUAUUGUAAAACAAAUUAUAAUGAGAGUAUGCUGAUGUAUAUUUAGUAAUAUUUCUUAUAAUUAAGUAUUAUAUUGUGUGUAUAUUGGAUGAAAGUUAAUGCGCUAGAUACAAUCUUUAGAAAAUUGUGAUUAUUCAUUUGCUAUUCAUUAUUUCUACCUCUGUACAAAUUUGAUAAAGUAUUCAAAACUAUCAAAUACUCACUAUUUAUAACAAAUAGAUAACAAAUUUAUGUAAUAAUAUUGAUGUAAGUUGAAAAAUAAUUUUGUAAAAUAAAAAAAAAAGAUAUUUUUAUAA